GAAUGCGAGGAUGGAAAGUGAAAGUACCUUGGGAAUGUCCUAGAGUAAUCGUAUAAUAUCCGAUGCCAAGUAUAUCUAAUCAAAGGCAGACCCGCGCGGCCGAUGAGAAUUUCAGGUGGCGCGAGGCUCCACUUGUCGAGCCCCGAAGAGGAAAGAAUGUGUACCUACGUACAAUGUACGGCGCAGGUACAGACAGAGUGCGGUGUCUUGCAAUCACCGCGACCAAGGCCCAUGUAUGUUGCAAGUAUUGUCUGCUGCAUUGUGUGGGCGAGACUCUAGCGACGACGUCUGCUGCUCAGCUCCGCUACCAAGGCCACCAAU